UCUGUCCUGAAGACCUGGACGGAGACAAAACAAAACAAGGACUUUGCAGACACCAGAAGAAGUCUGGACAUUAUAUCUUCACAGGAUUCUUGAACCCAAACCAGGUCCACAGGGACUUACGAGGGUGCUUUGGGGUUUGUUUUUCUCUCUUGUUCGUGGCUGGCGAAGGGGCCGGUGAAAGUUAGCCAAGACGCCGCGUGCCGUGCUCCGCGUGAAGAAUGCCCAGGCACGCCUGCCCAAGCCUGCGGACACGGCGCCGGCACCCACGCCGGGCCUUUACAUGGAGCGCUCACAGAGUCGCAUCAGCCUGUCCGCGUCCUUUGAGGCUCUGGCCAUCUACUUCCCCUGCAUGAACUCCUUCGACGAGGACGAUGGCGACCCUGAGGGCCGCAGGUUAAAGAGCAUUCAGAGGAGCACAGAAACAGGGUUGGCUGUAGAGAUGCCCAGUCGAACGGUCCGGCAGGCGAGCCACGAGUCCAUCGAGGACAGCAUGAACAGCUACGGCUCAGAGGGAAAUCUGAACUACAGUGGAAUGUGUUUGGCAUCAGAUGCUCAGUUUGGUGACUUUCUGGAUGGGAUGGGACCGGCUCAGUUUGUGGGGAGACAGACACUAGCUACAACUUCAUUGGGAGAUGUAGAGAUCGGACUGAUGGAGAGGAACGGGCAGCUAGAGGUGGAGAUCAUUCAGGCUCGAGGACUCAUCAUGAAGCCUGGAUCUAAGGGCCCUCCAGCGGCCUAUAUUAAAGUGUAUCUUCUGGAAAAUGGCAUCUGCAUUGCCAAAAAGAAGACAAAGUCUGUUCGGAAAUCGCUAGAUCCCCUUUACAAUCAAGUCCUCGUUUUUUCAGAGAGCCCGCAGGGGAAGGUUGUACAGGUCAUUGUUUGGGGGAACUACGGCCGGAUGGAUCGUAAAUGCUUCAUGGGCGUGGCACGCAUCCUAUUGGAGGAGUUGGAUUUGACAAACAUGGUGAUUGGCUGGUACAAGCUUUUCCCCACCUCUUCUAUGGUGGAUCCCACAAUGGCGCCGUUGAUCCGACACUCCUCACAGCUCUCUCUGGAGAGCACCGUGGGCCCGUGCUGUGAACGCUCCUAAGACCAACAACUCAACUAGAUUUAUGUUUUCUCUGGAAGGGCUCUCACAGCCCCUGCCCUAAAAGCGCUGGUUGUGCAUGACUGCGGAACCCACUGGAACCCUCUGGAAUGUUCUAGAAUUUCUUCGGAACUAAUAGCCUUUCUGGAAUAUUCCAGAAUCCACCACAGAGGAAAUGCUCUUUUUCAGCCUCUGAGAAAAAGACUUCAAGAACGCAGAGCAAAACGUCUGGGCUUUAUUUUAGCUUUCAACACAUUAGCUUGUGAUGGUCCGUACGUCUUUCAGAGGAAAUGUCCUCGAUUUUGAAUUGAUUUCCAGAAAACAGGCCAAUGUUUGUGGGCUCUGCAAUGGAUUGAUUCCUAUUAGAUGAAACGGAUGGGUUUGUGCAAUAUGACAUCUAAUAGAAAGAAGAAUGUAUCGGUAAAAAAGUGCGGGUUUGCAUUCAUUAUCUUACGUAAUUAACAAUACAGGAAUAGAUACAUGUCUUAAAAAGAUCCAAAACGUGUAGUUUGAAAAGAGUCGUUUUUGCUUCAUGAUUUGCUUUGCACACGGAUCUUUUUCUGUUCGUGUCUCUUCCGUUUCGUCUUUCUCAUUACUGAACAGUGCCAAUGUUGCCAGCAAGUGGCUUUAUUUGUGGUUAUCUGUGUCUAUAUUCAGUGACUAGAUGCUUUGUGAAUCAAUAAUCUAGGCAGACACAAAUUUAAAAAGACAGAUGCUAAUAUUUUCCCGAGGUAACAGUGACAUAUUCCAGUUCCAUCACUGUACGUUUUUCCACACUAGGCCUCGUAUGGGUGCAAGACACUUAAGUAACAUAGGAUUAUAGAGUGUUUAUGGAAUAAAUGUCAGUAAAUACUUACAGUUAUAACUGCAGUAGCGACCAAGAGGUUUUUAAUGGCUGAUAUCUACAGAGCAGGGUGAUAGAAAGCAGAUAUGAUAUGCACAUAUUUUAUAAUAACAAAUGACAAAUAUUUGAAAAAAGAAAAUUUCCGACAAAACUAACACCAUGCGGCCAAUCGGACAAAAAAAUUUGCCAAAUUUAUUUCAAAUUAAUCGGUCUGGGACGCUUUUCCGUACAACGACAGAACUAGCUAGUCAAGACUGUUUCCCGAAACCGUAUUGUCGCAAAUUUGUCAUUUAACCGGUAAACGAUGUCACGCACGUGGUAGAGUAUUAACUUCUUUUAAUGAAUCCGUUUGAGAUCGAAUUGAGAUCGAAUGGCAUCUGCGGACUAAUUCUCAUCUUUCUCAGUUAUUUAGCUUUACGUCCAGAUUUAAGGCGUUCUUACAUACUAGGGCAUGUACGCACAUGCACACUCUUCAAAAACGGUGCUUUAAAACUCUUGACAAACUAAAAGACGUAAGUUACAUUUGUAUGUAUUCUAAAUAAAAGAUACAUAUUGUACUGAAUGUCAGCAUACUAUGCUUCUAACCACAGAUCGAGAGCUGUCGCUCCAACCACAGGUCACAACCUGUUUGCGAAUGUUCAUUGGAACGAUGGUUUCGGGUAACACCGACUUGUUGAACUUUGCUGAUAACAACGAAACUUGCAACCUUAGUUUGCUAACGAUGCUUUCGGGAAACUCACCCUUGGUCGAAAUCACAAAUUCUAAAAAGAUCAUUUCUUUUUGCACUUUUUAAUCUUAAAUGUCUUUCUUACAAGCAAUCGCUAGUUCGCUAUAAGCCAUUUUCUUCUUUAUAUUAUUUGUGACUUCAGGAUGCAGAAUCUUUAGUAGCAAUGAUAAGGUUGUAGCAUUAGAUAGUAGCAUACGCAUGAAAGGCAUCUUAGUUUGCCACGAUCUAAUGAGAUUUUGCAUGGAAUUGGAUUUUAGAGCGUUUUCGCUGGCAGUCGAGCAAACAUGUAGCAGCGAAUGAUCAAACGAAUACUGUUACACUGCACAGAGAAAUACUGUGUGACAUCUUUAUUAUUAAAUAAUACUGAUUCAAAUUCUUUUCAUAUGUCCUGAAAUGAUGAAAAGCAAAACAUGUAUAGGCCUACAUGCUAAAACUAAAGGGAAGAAAACAGCAUUCUGCAUAGAGAAGAAUUUUUAUGUCCAGCAUAAAAAGGACUUUUUGUGAAGAAAAUACACAAUUUACCACUAGACAAAAGGAUUUUUUAAAAAGAUUGAUUCCUCUCGGAGAAUCCCGGGAGUGAUUAUUUCAAUUACCGCUGAAAAACAUACCUCAAACACCCUCAACAUUAUCAUGUUGUUAAGGCCAUAUACAAGCACUGCCACAUUCUUUUUGAAGAAUUAAAUGUUCAUUGUCCUAAAAAGCAAUAACUAAAUCAAUUUUUGCUCACUUUGUUUGUUACAGGGAGUAAAGCCAGAUUUUCUCUUCAUUACAUUAGAAACUUCUGCAUCCAUGUAGCAAUAUAGAAAAUGCUCAGUUUUAGACGAAGCGCUGAAUGUCUGAGAUCCUCAAGAAUCUAGUGCCAAAAAAUGUUGUGUUGAUGAUGGGCUAAAAGAAAUGAAUAUUUUGGAAAACGCUUAGAAAAUUGAGAAAUGUAGUGAUUAGCGCUAUAUAACAGGUACACUAUGUAACUUUUGGGCCUUUACUGGUUAAAAAUCAAAACUGCAUGCAUUUUGUGGAAGAACAUUGUUUUGGUUGUGCUUUGGCUCUUCGGAUGAAUAUGGUUAUCCUACUGUUCAUAAGACGGCCACUACUAAGCUUAAAAUAGAUAUACCACCCGAUUGCCUCAAAGACAGUAAAAGAUUGCCUACGAGCUUCUACUUCUGUCUAUACGGUCAUUUCUCUACUGUACGACAGAGAGUCCCGUGGUAAUGACACAUUCUUUAGCCUAUUUUCACAAAAACGGCUUCUACGGGGCCAUAACGUAAGAUACAAAGUAAUGGAGCCUUUUAUCUAUUGUCCUGUUUCUUAAGAAAUAAAU